CCUCUUUCCGGUGUGAUCCGUGCGCUGGUAGCCGCUGCUGCUGCCUGUCAACAUCACCCAACCGCAGAAGAUAUCUGAGUCCGGGCGUUUGUUUUUAAUUUAAAGUAUCUGACAGAGUCCAAACUGUGCUCCACCAUGCCCAUGUACCAGGUAAAGCCCGUCUGCGGGGGUGACAUACAGAUUGAUUUACCAACCUGCAUGUACAAGUUACCAAAUAUCCACGCGCAGCAAGAGCACAGCUGUACCUCCGAACACGCGCUUCAGAAUGGUGAGGUGGACCCAGCAGUCAAAGCCUUGGAGGCCCGGCAGGAUGAGAUCAUGCGCAAGCUCUAUGAGCUGAAGGCAGCUGUGGAGGGCCUGGCUAAGACCGUGACCACCCCAGAUGCUGAUCUGGACCUGACAGUCAGCAGCAGCUUGUCUCCCCAGAGCUCCAGCUCCACGGCCUUCAAAGGCACCGCAGACCUGGACACACUACUGGGCAAGGACCUUGGUGCUCUUCGUGACAUUGUCAUAAAUGCAAACCCAGAACACCCACCUCUGACCCUGCUGGUACUCCACAGUCUGCUGUGUCAGCGCUACCGGGUGCUCUCCACCGUCCACGUCCACUCCUCAGUCACCAGUGUGCCACCACAGCUUAUGUCCUGCCUUGGUCCACGCCAUGUAGACAGCUAUGCUCGCCACUUGUUCCAGCUGGGCUUCACCCUUAUAUGGAAAAACGUCCCCACACUACAGAUGAAGUUCAGCAUUCAGAAUAUGUGUCCUAUUGAGGGUGAGGCCAAUGUGGCGCGUUUCCUCUUCAAGCUGCUGACCCCCUACCCCUCUGACCCCGCUGUCGCGACUCUGGUGGAUAGCUGGGUGGACACCGCUUUCUUCCAGCUGGCAGAAGGCAGUACCAAGGAGCGGGCCGCAGUCCUGCGCUCCCUCAACUCGGCGCUGGGACGUAACCCGUGGCUGGCCGGGCCCGAGUUCUCCCUGGCCGACAUUGCCUGCUUCUGCUGUGUGCAAUGCAGUGGCUCAGCCUCCUCGGCUCCGGCUAAUGUCCAGCGCUGGCUCAAAUCGUGUGAGAACCUGGGCCACUUUAGUCCUGCUAAGCUUCUCCUUCAGUGACCUGAACUGUCCUGGAACCAGACCCCAAAGCAAAGUGAGAGAAGGGCAUUAGAAUAUUAAAAUAUAGCCAUGUCUCCAACGCCCUCUGAUGCUUCCCUACUUACUGUAAAACAUGUUACUGCACUGUCAGAGUCAGCAGAAGCAAUAUGGUUGAUGGUAGACUUCAGAUAAUGCAUCUCACGAUGCUGCUUUUGAAUAUCAGUUGAAUAUCAUUAUUAUUUUUUUCAAUGGAGGAAGCAUGGGAGGACCGUAUAGACAAGGGCUUGGUAAGGGAUUAAAUCAGAGGUACUAAGAGAGGCUCGCACACACUGUACACCUUCCACCCACUUUGUGCCUAAUAUGAUCUAUCUACAUGAUAUGAAGUACGUGUGUGUUAAUGUGGUAUUACAAGCUGUUUUCAAAAGUAAUACUUUGUACCGUUGUUUUUCUCGAAUCAUUAAAACUCCCAGUUUGGAUCAAACUUU